AUGGUACAGCUCUUUGAUCAUAAUUCCAUUUUAACAGUGAAACAGUACAAGGGCAAAAGACGGAGGAACGUGAAGGAAAUGGUUGUAGCCUGGUACCUGUUUGUUCAUUCUCCAUCGAGCUCAGUCCCCUCUCACACUACCCAGAGUCCCCUCUCACACUUCCCAGAGUCCCCUCUCACACUUCCCAGAGUCCCCUCUAAAACUUCCCAGAGUCCCCUCUCCCCUCUCAACUACCCAGAGUACCCUCUAAAACUACUACCCAGAGUCCCUCUCACACUACCCAGAGUCCCCUCUCACACUACCCAGAGUCCCCUCUCACACUACCCAGAGUCCCCUCUCACACUACUCAGAGUCCCCUCUCACACUACCCAGAGUCCCUUCUCACACUACCCAGAGUCCCCUCUCAAACUACCCAGAGUCCCCUCUCACACUACUCAGAGUACCCUCUCACACUACCCAGAGUCCCUUCUCACACUACCCAGAGUCCCCUCUCACACUACCCAGAGUCCCCUCUCACACUACCCAGAGUCCCCUCUCACACUACUCAGAGUCCCCUCUCACACUACCUACCAGAGUCCCCUCUCACACUACUCAGAGUCCCCUCUCACACUACCCAGAGUCCCUUCUCACACUACUCAGAGUCCCCUCUCACACUACCCAGAGUCCCCUCUCACACUACCCAGUCCCCUCUCACACAACCCAGAGUCCCCUCUAAAACUCACAGAGGAGUGUUUGAUACCAGUCCUAGGACUCAGUGUUGACCUGUAUCCUCCCUCAACACAGGUUCAGGUAGAGGACUCAGUGUUUGACCCAUAUCCUCCCUCAACACAGGUUCCGGUAGAGGACUCAGUGUUUGACCCAUAUCCUCCCUCAACACAGGUUCAGGUAGAGGACUCAGUGUUUGACCCAUAUCCUCCCUCAACACAGGUUCAGGUAGAGGACUCAGUGUUUGACCCAUAUCCUCCCUCAACACAGGUUCAGGUAGAGGACUCAGUGUUUGACCCAUAUCCUCCCUCAACACAGGUUCAGUCCUAUACCUCCGACCCCAGCCCCCAGUCCUAUACCUCCGACCCCAGCCCCCAGUCCUAUACCUCCGACCCCAGCCCCCAGUCCUAUACCUCCGACCCCAGCCCCCAGUCCUAUACCUCCGACCCCAUCCCCAGUCCUUUACCUCCGACCCCAUCCCCAGUCCUAUACCUCCGACCCCAUCCCCAGUCCUAUACCUCCAUCCCCAGUCCUAUACCUCCGACCCCAUCCCCAGUCCUAUACCUCCGACCCCAUCCCCAGUCCUAUCCUCCAUCCCCAGUCCUAUACCUCCGACCCCAGCCCCCAGUCCUAUACCUCCGACCCCAUCCCCAGUCCUAUACCUCCGACCCCAUCCCCAGUCCUAUACCUCCGACCCCAUCCCCAGUCCUAUACCUCCGACCCCAUCCCCAGUCCUAUACCUCCGACCCCAUCCCCAGUCCUAUACCUCCGACCCCAUCCCCAGUCCUAUACCUCCACCCCAUACCCAGUCCUAUACCUCUGACCCCAUCCCCAGUCCUAUACCUCCGACCCCAUCCCCAGUCCUAUACCUCCGACCCCAUCCUAUACCCCAGACCCCUCUAUACCCAGUCCUUACCUCUGACCCCAUACCCAGUCCUAUACCUCCCAGACCCCAUUGACCCAGUCCUAUACCUCCGAUCCCCUAUACCCCAUCCCCAGUCCUAUACUUUGUGUCUCUGA